AAAAAAAAAACUUUAAUUUUACCGCAACGCUGUGUGAUUCAUUUCAAUUUUCAGGGUUGAUAUUAAAGUUUUAUUCAAAUAAUUUGUAAAAGUUUAGUAAGAUAAAGUUAUGGCGUUACAUAUUCCAAAGGCUCCGGGUGUACCCCAAAUGCUUAAAGAUGGGGCACGGAUGUUUUCUGGUCUAGAAGAGGCUGUAUAUCGGAAUAUUAACGCAUGCAAACAAUUCGCCCAAAGUGUUAGGUCUGCGUAUGGUCCAAAUGGAAUGAACAAGAUGAUUAUAAAUCACAUUGAGAAACAAUUUAUAACUAGUGAUGCUGGUACAAUCAUAAGGGAACUUGAUGUUGAACAUCCAGCGGCUAAGUUGAUUGUGUUAGCAAGUCAAAUGCAAGAUUCUGAAGUAGGUGAUGGUACAAACUUUGUUAUUGUCCUCUCUGGUGCUUUGUUAGAGGCAGCUGAAGAGCUCUUGAGACUGGGAAUCACAACAAGUGAAAUAGCUGAGGGUUAUGAAAAGGCUCUUGACAAAUGCAUGGAACUCCUGCCUGAACUUGUCUGCCAUGAAAUUAAAGAUUGCAAGAACUUUGAUGAAGUGGUCAAGGGUCUCAAGCCAGCCUUAAUGUCAAAGCAAUAUGGAAAUGAGGACUUCAUUGCAUCUUUAGUCGCAAAAGCAUGCAUAGCAAUUCUACCUGAAAAAACUACAUUUAAUGUUGACAAUAUCAGAGUUUGUAAGAUUCUUGGGGCAGGAUUACUCCAGUCUGAAGUUAUUCAAGGUAUGGUGUUCAAACGAGAAGUGGAGGGAGAUGUUAGCCAGGCAACUAAAGCUAAAGUGGCUGUUUAUUCCUGCCCAGUCGACAUUACACAAACUGAAACAAAAGGCACAGUUUUGAUAAAAUCAGCUGAUGAAUUACUAAACUUUAGUAAAGGGGAAGAAUCACUGCUUGAGAAACAAAUAAAAGAUAUAGCUGAUACUGGUGUCAAAGUUGUUGUGGCUGGUGCUAAAUUUGGUGAUAUGGCACUUCAUUUCCUUAAUAAAUACGGUAUUAUGGCUGUCCGUCUUAACUCAAAGUUUGAUAUUCGCAGACUUGCAAGAACUGUGAAUGCCACUGUUUUACCAAGACUUACAACACCUACAGCACAAGAGUUAGGUUACUGUGACAGUGUUAAGGUGGAAGAAGUUGGUGACACCCGUGUUGUUGUCUUCUCCAUGGACAGUUUGGAGUCCCGCAUUGCAACUAUUGUGAUCCGUGGUUCUACAGACAACUACAUGGAUGAUAUUGAAAGAGCCAUUGAUGAUGGUGUCAAUACAUUUAAAGGAAUUGCCAGAGAUGGAAGGUUUGCUCCUGGGGCAGGAGCCUCUGAGAUAGAACUAGCCCAAAAGCUACUUCAAUAUGCAGAUACAUUGCCAGGCCUAGAACAGUAUGCAGUUAGAAAGUUUGCUGUGGCUCUUGAAAGCAUUCCUCGGGCACUAGCUGAGAACUCAGGAGCAAAUGCAACAGAAGUUGUAAAUAACAUCUACAAAGCUCACAAAGAUAAUCAAAAAACAGUAGGAUUUGACAUUGAAUCCGAGAACAAUGGAGUUUGUGACACAAAAGAAAAAGGUAUUCUUGAUUUAUACCUACUGAAAUAUUGGGGCCUCAAAUAUGCUGUUGGUGCAGCAACAACCAUUCUCAAAGUUGACCAGAUUAUAAUGGCAAAGAGAGCUGGUGGUCCAAAACCUAAGGCACCUGCAGGAAGUGAUGAUGAGUCAUAAUUAUUUAAUACAUAACUUCUUCAUUUCUCAUAAACUAUUGGCCCUAAUAAUACUUGUCAAAAGUGGAGAAAUUACAUUUAUGAGAAUAAUGAAUGACGAAGCUUUAAGAAUUUGUUUUGUUACACAAAUAAUUGUGUUAAUUCACAUCUAUAUACCUAAUUAAUUUUUAUUUUGUUGCACUGUGCUUACUUAUUUGAACUAUAAUAAUUAUUGUAUUAAUUAAUUUAGCGUAAGAUGUAUUUUGUUUCAUUAAACAUGUUUGUGCAACUUUAAAACUAGAAGCGCUUUUAAAAACUGUCAAGUAUUAAAAUGUAAAACCUA